AUUGGCCGGCACCGGAUGCGCCUCGCCCUCCUGGACUCGCCCAUCCGUCCACCGGCCACCGUCUUCCCCGAGCAAAGCUGCCACUCAUGGGGGGAUCCACUAGCCACUGCGAAAUCUCGAGGAAACGUUCCCGUCCCGUUUGUCCACACCGCUGAGGAGCCGAGGCCGCCGCCACCUGAAGCCAUGGUCAUGCCGCUGCUGGGCUCCGGCUCCCCCUCCUCCUCGCUCCCUCCUUGCUCUUCCAGGAGAAUAUGUGGCCCUGCUGCGCGCAGCAAUGUCAGAUGCUCUCUGGAAGAGAAAGUGCCACUGAGAAGCAAUGGGGUAUCCAAGAAGUUGCUAUCAGGCCUUGCAGCUUCUCUUGUGUUCAUCUCUUCACCUAGCCAGGCUAUUCCUGCAGACACCUUUGCCCAGCCGAGCUUGUGCCAGGUUGCAGUGGUGCCGGCCAUCGAUAAAGAUGCCGUUCCUCUGAAAUUUGACGGCCCUUCGGAUGAUGGCGGCUCAGGCAUGAUGAUGAUGAAGGGCAUGACUGCCAAGAACUUUGAUCCGGUUCGCUACUCCGGUAGGUGGUUCGAGGUAGCAUCGCUGAAACGCGGAUUUGCUGGUCAGGGACAAGAAGACUGCCAUUGUACUCAGGGAGUGUAUACAUUUGAUGAGAAGUCGCGCGCAAUCCAGGUGGAGACAUUCUGUGUCCAUGGUUCACCUGAUGGAUACAUCACCGGUAUCCGGGGGAGGGUGCAAUGCCUGUCUGAAGAGGACAUGGCUAGUGCUGAGACAGAUCUUGAGAGGGAGGAGAUGAUCCGCAGCAAAUGCUUUCUCCGUUUCCCGACACUCCCAUUCAUACCCAAGUUACCCUAUGAUGUCAUUGCAACCGAUUAUGACAAUUAUGCCGUUGUGUCUGGUGCUAAGGACGCAAGCUUUAUUCAGGUAUACUCAAGAACACCCAACCCUGGGCCGGAGUUCAUUGAGAAGUACAAGUCCUAUGCUGCCAACUUCGGCUACGAUCCAACCAAGAUCAAGGACACGCCGCAGGACUGUGAAGUCUCCUCUGACCAGCUUGCGCAGAUGAUGUCGAUGCCUGGGAUGAAUGAGGCCUUGACGAAUCAGUUCCCAGACCUGAAGCUGAAGUCGUCAGUCGCAUUUGAUCCGUUCACAAGUGUGUCUCAGACCUUGAAGAAGCUCCUUGAACUCUACUUCAAGUAAAUCCAGUACUAGUAAUAAUACAAUUCAGUUACUUCUGUC